AGGAGAACUUAUUCAGUUAUUUGCAAGAAAGGUUGAUACAACCAAAUCAAUCAGAUAGUAGAGAUGUGUUAUCUACUAAUCUUGUGUAGUUGUAAACUGGGAAUGCGAGAGCACCCCGACCCCGAAGAAGUUCAACCGCACAACAAGAGAAGGAAGAAGAUGAAUGAGGAGGCGUCUCCGUCGUGGUCUGGGUUGCCGGAUGAGGUGGUUGUGAGUUGCAUGGCUCGCGUUUCGAGAUUGGACCUAGCAGCUUUAUCACUCGUCUCCAAGAGACACCGCACUCUCGUAGCUUCCCCUGAGCUCUGCCGCACGCGAUCACUCAUUGGUUGCACCGAGGCGUCUCUCUACGUCUGCUUGCGCAUCUUACCUGACCCAACCCCACGCUGGUUCGUCCUCACCGGUGACCGUUGCCUGAGACCGAUCCCGUCGCACCCUUGUUUGGCUACGGAAUCGUCCUCUUUCGUGGUGGUGGAUUGGGGAAUCUAUGUAAUCGGUGGAAUCAUAAACGGCGAUCCCACUUCCGAUGUCUUGUUCCUCGACUGUUUCUCUAAGACAUGGCGCCGCGUCCCGUCCAUGAAGAUGGCUCGUGUUUCCCCAUCGGCAAGCUUCGUAGAAGGAAAGGUUUAUGUUUUUGGAGGGUGCCGAGUAGAGGACGUUGAUGAUUCCUCAAACUGGGCGGAGAUAUUCGAUCCAAAGACUCAAACUUGGUGUAGGUACAUUACUACUCCCAAGAUGGCACUUAAUCUCAUCCAAAUUGUGGUGAUAGAGGAGGAGAAGAAGGUUUACGCCGUGGAUGAGGAUGACCAAAGCUUCAACUUUUUGCCAAGUGAAGGUACAUUCUGGAGAAGCGGGAAAAAAGAUUCAAUGCUAGGAAGCAGAAAUGAUUGGUGUGUCAUUGGGAAAUUGUUAUUCUGCCGUGGUACUCGCGGGCGGAUACUUUGGUGUCAGCCAGAUGAGUUGGAUUGGAAGGAGGUAAAAGGUUUGGAAGAGCUGCAAUUGCAUCUUUCUGGUUUUAGGUACAUCUUCAGUUACAUCUUUAUUGGCGAUCAACGACCAACGAAGACCAUUGUCAAGUAUGAUAUUAGCAAACUCUCUAGUAACUCGGCUGGGAACAUUGUCGUCUUUUGGAACGCGCAUCUUGCAGAUUCUGAGAGUAUGGGGCUUUGGUCUGCCGAGAUUUCUGUGGAGAGGCGCGAAGGAGGCGAGAUUUGGGGAAAGAUUGAGUGGUCCAAUGCUGUCUUCAAUCUUGGUCCUCUCUCAGACUCGUAUAGCGUCAAUGUCUUAUUUUCUGCUUCUGUCCGUGUUUGAAGUUCAGAAUCCUUUUGUAAUUAUUCAAACCAGACAGUACUAACAGGUUGCUAAGGUUAGCGACCAAAAAGCUGAAACUACUCUGUUUUGGAUGGCUGUUCAAAAACAGAGAUACAUUACAUUGACAGUGAUGCAACAAUAACUUCAUGUUUGGCAAAGUGAAAUCUGGAAGAGAAACAAGUAUUUUAGCGUCGACG